AUGGCAUCACGCACGGCAACAUCCAACCCUCAACGGUCUUUGUGCCAGACGACGGGGUCGUGCGCCUGGUCGGCCGGACUCAUCCCACCUUUCUACUGUUUUUCCCACUUCCUCUCCUCAUCUUCACAGGUAUUGGAGGCCCUUCACUCCCUCCACGCCCAUGCCAUCACCCAUGGCAACAUCCAUCCCUCCACGGUCUUUGUGCCAGACGACGGGGUCGUGAGACUGGCUGGACUCAUCCCUAUGAUCCAUCACCCUCUCCCCCACCUUCCUCAGGUAGUAGAGGCCCUGCAUUCUCUGCACGCCCACGGCUUUACCCACGGCAACGUCCGUCCCUCCACGGUCUUUGUGCCAGACGAUGAGGUUCUAGAGGCCCUUCAAUCCCUUCAUGCCCACGGCAUCACCCACGUCAACAUCCGUCCCUCCACGGUCUUUGUCCCUGACGAUGGGGUCGUGGUCGAGGCCCUUCACUCCCUGCACACACACAACAUCACCCACGGCAACGUCCAUCCCUCCACCAUCUUUGUCCCUGACAAUGGGGUCGUAGAGGCCCUUCAUUCCCUUCACUCCCACAGCAUCACCCACGGCAACGUCCACUCCUCCACGGUCUUUGUCCCUGGCAAUGGGGUUGUGAGACUGGCCGGACUCAUCCCUAUGAUCCCUCACCCACUCCCCCUCUCCCACCAUUUGCUAGAGGCCCUUCACUCGUUGCACUCCUACGGCAUCACCCACGGCAACGUCCGUCCCUCCUCUGCUCUCUUGACUGUUCCCCCACCUUCUCCUCACCCACUACCCCUCUCCCACCAGGUAUUCAAGGCCGCCUUUCCCCUGAAACCAUCAGAGAGGUGA